AUGAAGGAGUCUACCUUCUUACAACAUCAUUCGUUGACCAUUAACCACCUCUGGGUUACUCUCUUGUUUAAAUUAUCCCUUUGCAGGACAAUGGCCGAGAUCUCAAUGAACACCCGCUAUCUUAGUACCAAUCGUGGAAUUAUCAAGAUUCUCCAGAUUGUUGCUGGAUUCAUCAUUUGUUCACUGCUAUGCGCUCAAUGGUAUGGUGGUAGAUCGUGCUUCGGAGAAGGGCGUCUUGGGUUCUGCUCUGGUCUCAACUUCAUUUGCGUUGUUAUCAACAUUGUACUACUCGUCCUCAACUUCCUGAACAUUGGAGCAUGGGGCUUGGAGCGAAUCUACUCCAUCGUAUGCACCGUGCUCUUCCUCAUUGCUUCUGCCCUCAUCAUCUGGUUCAUCAUCGAAUACAACACCUCACGCUCGACGCUUAUUGCCGCUGCGGUUCUAAUCAUCUGUCAGUUCUUCCUCUUCCUUUGGGAUACGAAGAUCCUCCAGGGAGAAUCACCAAACUAA